ACGUAGCUAAUGGGGAUUUGACAGUUCUCAAACACAAACAAAGCUGGCAAACGAUGUCUACUAAAUACACCCUUCAAAAACAAACCCAACAGGACUGGGCCAACAGGGAGUACAUUGAAGUCAUCACCAGUAGCAUUAAGAAGAUUACUGAUUUCCUCAAUUCAUUUGACAUGUCUUGUCGUGGACGUCUAGCCGUGCUGAACGAGAAAAUCACCCGACUUGAAAGAAAAAUUGAAUACUUAGAAGCUAGGGUGACAAAAGGCGACACCCUGACAUGAGAAUCUGUUUUCUUUAGCAGACAUCAGUUUUGCCUUAACUUUGUAUCCGCCACGUCCUAUUUUAAUACAUAUUUGGCCAAGAUCCUUCCUUGACCAUACACCA